CAAGACACUAAAUCCAACCUGCCUCCAUCCAGACGCGCGGCCGCAGCCAAUCAACCUGAUGUGAAGAUCGAAAAUAGGAGGGCUUACAGUAAUCAGUCCUCAGCGUCUCAUGAGCAGGAACAGCGUGGCACCGUGGAGGGAGCGCGCGGCACACGCAGCAGGACGCUCACUGGCGCUGCGCUCUGAGCACACAACCAACCAGAUAGCGCGGAGAGGGACACGCUGGGGGGGACGGGGACGGUAGAAGCAUCCUGUCACGGAUGCGUUUUUUAGCCCAUUCCGGACGCGCUGGAACCUAAGAACAGCAGAGAGAAGCCGGACGGGAAAUAAGACGGAUUUUCUUUUUUCCCAUUUAUUUAUUUUUUUUGGAGGGGGGAUUUGCCCAGAGUGCCGUUGAACCCUCGUCUCCUCCGGAUGCUCAGAAAUGGGGGAAUGGACUAUACUAGAGAGGCUCCUGGAGGCUGCUGUCCAGCAGCACUCUACCAUGAUAGGAAGGAUCCUACUAACAGUGGUGGUGAUCUUCCGGAUUCUAAUCGUAGCAAUAGUUGGAGAGACAGUCUAUGAUGACGAGCAGACCAUGUUCGUCUGUAACACCUUACAGCCGGGCUGCAACCAGGCGUGCUACGACAAGGCGUUCCCCAUUUCCCACAUCAGAUACUGGGUGUUUCAGAUCAUCAUGGUAUGCACCCCGAGCCUCUGCUUCAUCACCUACUCGGUGCACCAGUCCGCCAAGCAGAAGGAGCGCCGCUACUCCACGGUGUACCUGACCCUGGACAAGGAUCAAGACUCCCUGAAGCGCGACGAGAGCAAAAAGAUAAAGAACACCAUAGUGAACGGAGUGCUCCAGAACACGGAGAACUCCACCAAGGAAGCCGAGCCGGACUGCCUGGAGGUGAAGGAGAUCCCCAACUCGGCCAUGAGGACUACAAAGUCCAAAAUGAGGCGGCAGGAGGGCAUCUCCCGGUUUUACAUCAUCCAGGUGGUCUUCAGGAACGCGCUGGAGAUCGGCUUCCUGGUGGGCCAGUACUUCCUGUACGGCUUCAACGUGCCGUCCGUGUACGAGUGCGACCGCUACCCGUGCAUCAAAGACGUGGAGUGCUACGUGUCCAGGCCCACGGAGAAGACGGUCUUCCUGGUCUUCAUGUUCGCCGUGAGCGGCUUCUGCGUGGUGCUGAACCUGGCGGAGCUCAACCACCUGGGCUGGAGGAAAAUCAAGACGGCCGUGCGCGGCGUGCAGGCUCGGCGGAAGUCCAUCUAUGAGAUCAGGAACAAGGACCUGCCGAGGAUGAGUGUGCCCAACUUCGGACGCACACAGUCCAGUGACUCUGCAUAUGUGUAAACAAACAAACAAAACAAACAAACAAACAAAUAAGAUGGAACGAGACGCCUGAAUUAUGUCAUGACGUUUUUUUUAAAGUGGGCAGAUUUGAAUAUUAUUAUUUAUAUUUUGAUUUUUUUUAAAUUCUGAGUUUAUUUAUGGACUUCAUGGCAAGCGUGCUCUCCACGUUUGUUUACUUGGUUAUGAUUGCACUGAUGCAACUUUUUUUCUUAACGUUUGUACUCUGUAAGAUGUGUUCACAGACUUACUCUUUGUGGGCUGUUCUGCUAAACUUGAAGAGAGCAAAUGCAAAUGCAAAAAAAAAAAAGAGAGAGAGAGAGAGAGAAA